AUAAACAAAUUAUUUUGAAUACUUCAAUCAUUCAGUGAAGAACCAGGAUCGAUCCCUGAAGAAAAAUAUCUGAUAAACAAACGAAAAUACUAAAAUAAUAAUAAUAAACUACUGCAGUCAGAAGGUGGUAAAACAAGAUAAACUGACUCAUUUUUGAGUCGAGUUUUUGGACGAUUCCUCUGAAUCUAAAGGAGAUAGCGAAAUUUUUGUAAUGACAUUAAUUGUAGAACUGAAUUCGCCCCACAAAAAAGGCUAUAAUGCGAAUGUUGCUAUCUUCCUUAGAUUCCGAGAUAUUCACCGAAGACCGGUCAAUAGUCAAAAAGGAUAAAGACAUAAUUUGGACAGAGACAUGGGUACAUCAUCGAGUCGUUACGACGAUCUAUCCAGAAAUGAUUGUUUGGAGCGUUUUUGUGCUAAGGAAUCGAUAGCCCCAGACGAUUCCUUUUGGAAUCGUUUUCUCUCCUUCAACAUGCGACCCCCAGUGACUCGAACCGAUCAAAUAGAAUUGGACUCACGGUUGGACGGAAUGUGUCAAAAGCUGUUGACAAAUAAUUUAUCAUCUGGAAAUUUUGCUUCUCUGAUUCAAGUGACAUUAAUGAGGACAAGUGAACUGCUGGCAUCAGUCACCAAUCAAAAUAUAAUGUCAGCUUGGCAAACGUACAAUGCAUUAUUUGCAGUGAGAUGUAUUCUUAAAUAUCUUGUCGAGACUGUUGGAGAAAUGGAAAUGAUAAAACAUGCUGAGACUGUAGUAAAUCGAUCGAGUGAAGAACUCGAUAAAAAUUCAGUAUCGAAACUCGAAUCUUUAUUUGAGGCCCUAAUUGAGAUCAUAAUUGAUGUACCACUUUGUGAAUUUACGUAUGUUGUACAUCUGGAGGCUGUCAAUUGUCUUCUUGUACUGCUGUCAGUUCAACUAUUCUCACAAACUUCUGCUGAGUACAGUACUGUGUACAGAAUUGUUAUGAAUCAUGAGGCUAGCAUGCACGCACCGGUUGUUGUUUGUACUCUGUUGCAUAAUUUUGCACAGCAGGAACAUGCACCACCAGGACUCCUGUCUCGAGAAGCCGGUGGCAGUAUCGUUUUCAAUAUUGCAGCUGGAUUAUGGAAUGUCAUCACCAUGGGCAUGGGCAACAGCUUGAAAAAUAUUCAAGUAUCGAGCAGUAAUGGUGCUACCGAGGACGAUGAUAGGAAACGAGACACACAAACACCAUUAGCUAGUCAAUCAUUGUUACUCCUAUUAGUCCUCACAAAUCACUGCACCACGACACAUAAUCCAUACAGAGAUGCCUUAUUCUCCUUCAAUAAUAUUCAGGAUGAUCAGACGAUUAUGCCAACCAAGGCUGUCAUACCAUUCAGAUUUAAUUUUGAUAAAUUAUACAAUACAAUCUGCAAGGUAUCCAAUAGUGAUGAAGUUACUCUGCUGUUGUAUAUGCUUUUGCAUAGAAAUCCAAGUGUCAAAGGGCAUAUUAUUAAGCGCACAGACAUACAGCUCUUGGUCACCCCGAUUUUGCAAAUUCUCUAUCACGCGCCUGACAAUACAUCGCAUCACAUCUACAUGUCACUCAUCAUCCUUUUGAUACUCAGUGAGGACGAUUCGUUCAACAAACGAGUCCAUGAAAUUAUGUUAAAAGGUGUGACGUGGUACACAGAGAGAUGCAUCAGUGAAAUAUCGCUCGGUGGUCUUCUGAUUCUCGUGGUCAUUCGAACGAUACAAUACAACAUGUUGAAAAUGCGAGAUAAAUAUCUGCACACAAAUUGUUUAGCAGCAUUAGCAAAUAUGUCAGCGCAAUUUUCAUCCCUUCAUCCGUAUGUCAGCCAAAGACUGCUGAGUUUAUUCGAAACACUUGCGAGGAAACAUGCAAAAUUAGAAGUUAAAAUUCAGAGUCAGAGUCACUCGGAGACGGCUGUUGUUAAUGUUAAUGGAGGUGCUAAUGCUAAUUCUGAUUUAAUUCAAGAUCUCACUAUACUGGAAGAGGUACUGAGAAUGCUUCUAGAAAUAAUCAACAGUUGUUUGACUCAUCGGCUCGCCCACAAUCCAAAUUUAGUUUACACACUUUUGUAUAAAAAAGAUAUAUUUCAGUCGUUUAGGACACAUUCUGCCUUUCAGGAUAUCAUUCAAAAUAUAUAUUCGGUCAUCAAUUUUUUUUCGUAUAAACUGGAACAGACUGAUCAAUCCCAAAUUGGUGUGAGUCAAGUAUUAGCUGCGAUAAAACAGGGCACAAUGCAGUGGCCCAAGGAUCGAUUGAGAAAAUUUCCAGAGUUGAAGUUCAGAUAUGUGGAGGAAGAGCAGCCAGAAGAAUUUUUUAUACCAUACGUGUGGAGUGUUGUAUGUCAAGGAGCUUUAUUGUAUUGGAGUGCGAAGAAUAUCAAAUUAUUUUCAUUGAAUAGUGGAGAACAGACGACGAUAGUCGUUUGUUGAUGUUGAUUCAACAAUAUCGACUUUAAAGAUCGAGAGAUCAGAGGAAGCGGAAUCGCGCUAAUUUAUUGCUUUCACUCAUGAUUUCUCCAUGAAAAAUUCCAUCUUCAAUGCUCCUUAUUUUUAAAAAUAAAUAAUUAAAAUUAUUUAUCGUUUUGUCGGUUCUAAGUCUGUAAAUACAAAGUUUUUUCAAAGUCAAUUGGAAAACUCAUGUGCUCGCCUAUAUUUAAUUGAUGUUAAUAUCACAUUUAUAUUCCGAUUCAAUAAAUCUUGGAUUAUUUAUCAGAAUAAAAUGGACGUAUAUUUGAAUUUUUGUACUCAAAGCAAAUGCGACAGUUUAUGAUCACGAAAUGAGACAGUUUCUGGCCUCGAAAACGGGGCGGUAACAUUCACGUAUCAAUCAAACUCUUGAGUUUGAUGCAGUUGAAAAAUAAUCGUGAUCAGGAACGGUCGCAUGUACCCUAAUCCUCAAAUCAGCGAUCGAUCUUGAGAGAAAGAAAUCCAAUAAAACCAGUCAAUUAAAAUUUUUUUUUCGAAUGUACAUCUUUAUUAAACAAAUACAGUUGAUGUCUUAGUGGUAUUUAUAUGUGUGUUUAGGUAAUACUCUAUAAUUAUAAUCUGUGCAGCUUCUAUAUGCGCGUGUAUGCUCUACAAUUGCUAACGAUAAUUAUCGCACAUUACCAAUUCGAAUUUUCAUAUUUAUUCCUUUCUCGUACAAUGGAUUAAUCAACUUGAGUAAUUUGACACGUUCUGUGCGUCAUAAACUGAUAGAUUGACGUUGAAAUUUCUCUCUUCUCUGUCUCCACCAUUAACACCAGACCUUUACCAUUUUACUUACAUCUGUUAUUAUUGUUCAUUCUUGAUUCUAAGCAAGUCAAAGCGCUUACCAUCAGUAUAUUAUUAUCAUGGAAACACGGUUAGCAUAUGAUAAAUCAAUUUUAUUCUUUUUAAUUCUUUUUUUCUCAUUAGUUAUUUACCGUUAUCAUUAAUUCCUUAACUGUGCUAUUAUAAUAAUCUUACAGGUAGAAUACGAUUACUCAUAUUUUUUUCAUAUUCUUCUCUUGUUUUUUUUUUUUUUUCAUUAGGAGGGAAUAUUCAAAUUAG